GUUUUCUCCCUCUUACGCCCAAUAACCCAAGCGCGUACUCGUUUUCAGAGACCGAUAUCUUCUUUCUUUGUCCGAGAACCGCCCUCCUCUGCGCCAAGGAUUGUUCCUACACCUCUGGUCUUUGUUUCUGCAACCCAAUGGGACCAAUCGUCUUCUCGUCAAGGGUGAAUGAACUACGUGCAAGAAGCUGGAUUAAUUGCGACUUCUAAAUCUUUCCAAGUUCACCGUUCUGGCCCAGAUGUACUCUGAGAAGGGAUAUACUUCUCUAGAUACUGACCUAUCGCUAUCUACCGAUGCAAGUUCCGUGAACAGAAUGCAAGAUUUUGAAUCGGAACUCAAAAGCGUUGUCAGAGCGUCCUUCAAUCCCUUCCCGCCGGUUUUCUUUGCUAGAGGCGCUGCGUGUCUUAUUACUCAAACAUACAUCUCGUCCAAUCCCGCUUCCGGACUGGUUCUCAUAUCACCUCCUGCGUCCAACCAUUCUCUGUUAUCUAAAUCUCUUUUAUCCCAUGCCCUACCAGAGUUUAACUUUGAACUGAAGUUUCCAAUUGCAAUUGUGGAUACCCCGCAAGGAAUGGCCAAUUUACAAGUUGCUGGGAAUAGGCUAGCCAAAGAUGACAGAGUGGACAGGAUCGUAGUGAAUGAUGUGGAAGGCCAAGAUGCCUUUGUCAAGAUUGAACAGUGGAUGGACGAGAUCGGAAUAUGACCAUUCAUGCGAUGUCGUACGAAGAUACAGUUGA